AUGGCAGAAUACUGGAAAUCAGCACCAAAGUACUGGUGCAAACAAUGCAAGAUCUUCAUCCGCGACACAGCCUUCGAAAAAGCUCAGCAUGAAGCCACAGGCAAACACCAAGGUAACCUCAAGCGCUUCCUCCGCGACAUCCACCGCAACAACGAGCAGCAGCAGCGCGAGGCGCAGCGCGCGAAGAGCGAAGUCGAGCGGCUCCGGCAGACGGUUGCGGGGAACGCACCAUCACAGGACGGGAGCGAUGCCGCCGCUGCGCCCUGGCGGCGGGGCCCCGGGGCCACGGCAGCAACAGCAGCAGCAAAGCCCCAGGAGCGACCUGUGUCGCUGGAGGAGCGGAAACGGCAGAUGGCGCAGCUGGCGGACAUGGGAGUCGCGAUCCCGGAUGAGUUUCGUGGCGAGAUGGCUUUGGCCGGGUCGUGGCAGACGGUUUCGGAAAGGGUGAUUGAUGGUGGUGGGGAGGAUGGAGAGGGUGGAAAGGCUGCCAGGUCGGUUGGGGUUAGGAAGCGGAAGUUGGAGGCUGGGAGGGGCGAUGGUGGGGAUGAGGUUGAUGAGGAGGAGAUCGAGGCGAAGAGGGAGGCUGAGCGGUUUGUCUCCAGGGGGUGGGGGUCCUCUGUUAGGAGGUAUCCUGGGGCGGAUCGGGAGGAGGAUACGGAUCUGGAUGCGCUGUUGGCGUCGACGAGGGAGAUUAAGCGGGUGAAGCCUUCGGAGGUUAAGGCUGAGGCGAAUGCGGAGGCUGUGGGUGAGGAGCGUUCAGGUCCGAAGGACAAUGCGGAAUCCAUGGAGAAGGAGUCGACGAAAGGUGGGUUCGUGCCGGUCAAGACGGAGGGUGAGACUCAACCGUCUGAGUCUGAUAAGACACCUGCGGUCAAAAGGGAGCAGGCUGAGGGCGAACCAUCGCUGGAAACUGCAACGAAAGCGGAGCCCGAAGAGCCAGCCCCUGGAGUUGUGUUCAAGAAACGCAAGCCCAAGGCCAUGAGGAAAUGA